AUUCAGAAAACCAGACCAGUAGAUGUGUGUAAAUAAUAAGUCACGUGCAACCCCAAUAACACGUGACAGUAAAAGCCUUUCAUAUACAACACAUGACGGGAGAGCCGAUGUUGGAGGUGGUAUUUUGGAAGAGAUGAGAUUGAGAUGCAUCCACCCUCUGCUCUCAUGUCUCAUCAACUCCAACUAUGGCCUCUUAUCAAGCAAAGGCAACUUCUCUUGGUGGAGCAGCAAAGCAAAAGAAAAAUGAGACUCAGCUAGGGCCAGAUUUGAUUGACAAUAAUCUUGUUUUUGUUUCAAUUUAUAUGUCUUUUAUUUAUUGGAUGGAUUUGGUUUUGUGCUGAUUUCAUUUGGUAAUUUGUUUUGUGUUGUAAUUAAGUUGUCAAGCAUGUUGUGUUAUGGGAUUUUUACUCUAUUUGAUUGAUAUAGUGUGACUCUUAUCAAUUUGAAAUGUAAUUUUUGUAAUUCCUUUUGUGUUUGAUAUAUUUUUGUGAUUUCAAAUUCCCUUUGCUUUGCUGACUUGAGCAUUGAAUUGAAGCACACUCUGGCAGCCCUUCAUCGUCGGCCUUGUUUCACUUUUGUAGGUUUUUUCCCUACCUAGAAAACCAUAUUUAUUUUAUUUCAUUUUCUUUAUAACAUUUGCAAUCUUAGACUUUUUUGGUUGCUAAGAAGGAAAUAAUUGUUGUGGUUUGAAGUGAACGGUAAAGAGUGUUCGGUUUAGGAAUCAUCAAAACAGAAGAGGCAGGGCAUGGUGGAAAAUUAUAGCUUUAAAGUAAUUGCUCAGCUCUCAUGAAUUCCUGAUGCGUGGAUUUAUGCUCAUGAAGAGGUUGAAGGUGGAGAAGUUGGUGAUAAUGUUGAUGAUGUUAAUUUUAAUGGUGAAGAGAGAUUCUAAUGGUAAAGUUAGUGGGAAAAGGGGGAUAGUUUUCAAUUUGUGGGGCGAAGACAAGUUUGAAGAUGCCAUCAAAUUUUCUUUCUAUGAACCUACCAAAAAUUGUUAUGGAAAGAAACUUCAGUUGAUAGCAGAGAAGCACAAAUAGUGAAAGGUGUUUUCUAUUGAGAAUAAAAAUCAGAUAUAUAUAUAUAUAUAUAUUUAAUGAUAUGAUUCUGACCACUGAUCAAUGAUUGUGAAUUUGUAGAACCCUUCAAUGCCUUCACCUCUUCCUCUUGAACCAGUUGCUCUCAACUAUGUUUGUGAUGAUGCAAUUCAUGAUAUCUCUUGCUACAGUUACUAGACCCACUAAGAAUGUUCAAAUUAUCUUGGGAAUUGCAAAGCAAAGAUAGGGGGAUUGGUCAUGGAAGUUGAAUUUAAUCAGCAGUAGGAGGUAUAUCAAGGAGAUUGAAUUGACACAUGUAGACUUUUACAAUUUUCACUCAUGUUUUCUUUGGAACAUACGGCACAGGAAGUGAAGCAAAAUAGAGGCUUUAGCAAGAGGUAACUUGCAUUUGAUGUUAUGUUUUGUUGAUUACUCAUCAUAUCCACGUAGUGGUCUGUUUCUGUUGCCUUUGAUGGUCUAUUAGCCUUUCAUUCAUGCCAUGACAGUCUAGAAUUUUUUAUUUUUUGUUUUGCAGAUCGACCACCAUUUGCCUCAGUUGUUCAUAAUGAUAUACUGAUUUAUCUAGAAAAGUUGAUGUACAUUACCUUUUCAUCAUUCUUAGGAUUGGUUUAGUGCUUUUUCUGGAAUGUCACAGCUGCUACUGUAGCAUACAUCAAAGGGGAUGGAUGGAGGCCAGGCGGUAAUGAGACUGCUUCGGUGAAUACCUAUCCAAUCCAAGAAGCAUCAUACUGGGGAAUUGGAUCUGGUCUUGCCAUCAUGGAGAUAGUUUGCAACAUCUUACAAAAACGAAAGAUCAACCACCAUAGUUUUGAAAUUGUCAGAAAAUUAGAAAGAUGCUCAUAUCUGUUUAUGGUGAAUGGAAGGGCAAACUCUUGACAAGGAAUAGAGAUCUUAUCUUGAAAAUUUUAUUGAUUGUUUUCACUGGUGCUUACUUACCGGGACUAAAUGAUACGUGGAAUGAUAUUUUGUAUGCAUAUUUGUUGAACGGUUGUGAAAAUCUUGGUGAUCUGAACUCCUUGGAAAUUAAGAAGGCUUGCAACCAUCCAAAUCUGCCGCCCCUCGUAAUUUGUUAGGCCUAGUUAAUUUGGUUAAUUUGCGUCAAACUUCAAUUUUUUCUUCAAAAGCCUAAAGGUGCAUCAUCUUCGAUCUUGGUUUUUUUAAUUAGUUCUCUUUAAAGUAUAUACAAACACAAUGAAAACAUCAAAGUUUU